ACUAACCCUAAUGUCCCAAAUUAGCAAAGCGAGAACCGAUCUUUCGGCGAGGGUUUUUGGCAUCUGCUCCCCGAGGCGACGAUGGCGAAUCCUCGUGUGUUCUUUGACAUGUCCGUCGGCGGAGCUCCGGUAGGGCGGAUCGUGAUGGAGCUGUAUGCGGACGUGGUGCCGAAGACGGCGGAGAACUUCCGUGCGCUGUGCACCGGUGAGAAAGGGGCGGGGCGGUCCGGGAAGCCGCUCCACUACAAGGGUUCGAGCUUCCACCGCGUGAUCCCCGGGUUCAUGUGCCAAGGCGGCGACUUCACCCGCGGCAACGGCACCGGCGGCGAGUCCAUCUACGGCGAGAAGUUCGCCGAUGAGAACUUCGUGAAGAAGCACACCGGUCCCGGCGUGCUCUCCAUGGCCAACGCCGGGAAGAACACCAACGGUUCGCAGUUCUUCAUCUGCACCGAAAAGACUGCGUGGCUCGACGGCAAGCACGUGGUUUUCGGCCAAAUCGUGGAGGGGAUGGACGUGGUGAAGGCGGUUGAGGCGGUCGGUUCCCAGAGCGGCUCCACCAAGAAGCCCGUCGUCAUCGCCGACUGCGGUCAGCUCUGAUAGAUGAACGGCAUCGUCGUCUUCGCUCUCUACCACAACUAGCAGUAUCGUACUCUUCCGUUUUCGUCGUGCUGGUGAUGAUCCGCAAUAAGGUAGGGAUCACGGCGGUGGCCGGAGAUCUCAUCCACUUCCGGAUCUCGCUUCUUCAGUUUGUCUUCUGGUUCAUCUCUGUUCAAUCUUAGAAUAUCGUGUAAACCAUUCGAUAAUGGGAGAAAAUGCAGUCUCUUGAUAGAUA